AUGACGACCGAUUUGCUAGUAUUUGCGCACAUUGCAAAAGAGUCCAGUCCGCUGUUCAACUCGCAGCUUCUGUCCCCUUCAAGACUUCAGCGCACUUCCCCGCUCUCGUCCCCGCUCUUUCGGCCCUUUUCUCCUCCGUGUUAUCGACCCGCCAUCGGCGGAACGCCAUCCUCGCGCCAUGGCUUUCAAAUGCCGCGCCGUUUCUCGCCGUUGUCGCCUUCAGCGGGAGCGCGGACCACGGUGAUUGCGGCGAGCGCCUUGAGCGUCGAGCGCGGACGCACAACAGGACAGGGGCUCGGCCGCGGCCUGCCGGAACGCGCUUCAUUCGGCGCGUCUAACGGCACUGGUGCGGGCAACAACGAGGCGGCCUUGGGCUCCGCGGGGAGAAGCGCGAGCAGGCGCGAAGGUGCCAGUGAGGGGACGCGACGAGCAGAGCGCGGGCGGGCCGUGGUGGCGCAUGCGGUGGUGGGCGGGGAGAUAGCGCUGGGUCCGGCGGUGGUGGCGCAAGUGAUCGACGAUCUCGGGCUCGACGCGCUGCUGUUCUUACUCACCACGGUCAUCAUCGUUCCCACCUGCAAAUGGCUCAAGAUAAGCCCGAUUCUGGGGUUCCUGGGCGCGGGGCUGGUGUUUAGUCGGCUGGGCUUCGGGCAGCACGUGAACGAGAUCGCGCCAGUGUCGGAGCUGGGCAUUCUCUUCCUGCUCUUCCAGAUGGGCAUCGAGCUCUCCGUCGACCGCCUUAAAGAGCUCGCCAAGUACUCCUUCGGCCUCGGCCUCUCGCAGAUCGCAGCGUGCACCCUCGCAUUCGCGUUCCUGCUGCAACCAGCCGACAGCCCCAUCUCACCAGCCCACCUCCUCUCGCAAGCCUCCUCCCUCCUCACCCUCCUCCCCUCCUCCCUCACCUCCCUUGUCCCCGCCCUCUCCCCGCUCCCCUUCUCCACGGAUCUCCUCGCCCCCCUCGCGAACAUCACGCUGGACGAGGCGCUCGUCAUAGCCGUCGCGCUCUCCCUCUCCUCCUCCGCCUUCGUUCUUAAUCUCCUCGACGAGCACGACGAGCUCGAGACCAAAUUCGGCUCGGCUACUCUUGGCGUGCUGCUGAUGCAGGACAUAGCAGUCGUGCCUAUCCUGGCCAUACUCCCCGUGCUUGAAGCAGUGCAGCGCGCCAAUGCGCCAGAAGCCUUCCUGGCUCUCUCUCUCCUCGCUGUCACUGGCACUUCCCUUGCCACCGACAAGCUGGGGUUUUCGGAUUCUCUCGGAGCGUUCCUGGCUGGUGCGAUUCUGUCCUCUACGCCUCUCAAGCAUGACGUGGCGCUCUGCACGGGUCCCCUGCAGAAACUGCUGCUGGGACUGUUUUUCGUCACUACUGGCUCUUCUAUCGAUGUGGAUUUGCUCGUGGAGCAGUGGCCGGUAAUUCUGACGCUUCUUGGCGGCUUGCUGGCAGUGAAGACGGCGACAGUUGCGCUGCUGGCGCCCAGGUGGGGACUGAAAGGCAAGGAUGCCAUUCGCACGGCGCUGAUUCUGUCGCCUGGAGGAGAGUUUGCCUUCGUGGUGCUGGCACUGGCUUGCGACCUAGGUGUUCUUCCCACUGAUGUCAACCGGAUUGUGCUUAUCGUGGUGGUGCUAUCCAUGGCGCUUACUCCUGCUCUGGAUGCUCUGGGGUAUCUUAUCGCUGGAAUUGGUGGGAGGGAUGAGAACGAUGGGUGGCUGGAUGUUGAGCUGGUGGAGAGGCGGAAGCAUGGGAAGGCGUUACCUGGUGAAGGUAGGGGGUUGUUCCUGCCAGCUGGGGUGGUGGAUGUAGAUGUGGGGGAGGUGAGGCAGGGGGGCGGAGGAGGAGGAGAAGCAGAGGAGGGGGAUAUGGAUGAUGGGUCUUUGGAGGAACUUGAAAGGAUUGCUUCUGGAGCUAUCCCCCCUCCUCCGCCUCUUGAGCCCAACCCUGUGUUUGCAGCACGGAGUGAAGGGGACGGACGCGAGAGCAACAGUGGUAAGGAUGUAUCUGUGUCAGGGGGCGGAAUGGGGGGCUCUGCAGCAGCAAUCAAUCCGGGGGGGGGCGCUGGGGUUUCUGGGGCGGGUGGGGGAGAGGGAUUCGGGGGUGAUGUGUUUGGUGGGGGGGAUGGGUUUGGAGCAGCCACAGAGGCCCCUCAAUUAAUUGGCCCCGGGGAUUAA